UAUUUUCCCUAACAGAAAAGAAUCCGUUGCUGCCGGCAUACGAAGAAGUACAGAUCCGUAUUUUUACGAGAUUCGAAGAAAAGAAAGAUGUGCAGGAUGCUUUUCGUAGCCUUUUGAGUGAACUCUGGCCAAACGAGUCUCAUGAUAACAGAGCUUUUACUAUUCCAAAAGAUUUCAAACAAGGUAAUAAAAGGAUGAGAAGAGCCUCCUCUUCGAAUGACGACAGAUCUACUAACAAUUCUUUUAAUACAAUAAUUAAAGACCGAACAUUCGUCAUCUUUUUACGACGUUUUACUUCUGAUAGAAAUAUGCCACCAAACCCGCCAGAAAACUUUGAGUCAACUUUACCAACCUUAGAUCGUAAUAGUUUAUCGAAAAAAAGGCCAAAUGUGCUUUACAAUAAUGGGUUGGUUGAUCAACAACCUAAACAACCGAUUGGACAUUCUCGAAAUUCCAGUAUAGAUAAAUUAGAUGAUGGACCAAGAAUGGAUACAAAUUUUAUAAUAAGGGGUUAUCAGCAAAGACAAGGACCACCAACAAGAAAACGAGGAUCUAUAGUAUCUGAUCAUGUAGUUCCAUUAAAACAACAGACACUAUUACAACCACAUAAUAAUGGUACAUACACGACAAAUAACUAUAACGGAUUCUCUGUAAUGCCACCAACAUCUCAAUCAAUAAAUUUCGGCUAUCAAUAUAAGCCUAAUAAUUUAUUGGGAAAAUUGAGGCAAAAAAACUACGAAGAAGUUUAUAAAGAAAAAGUGAUACCGAAACCAUCAUCCCCCGGAUUACAUACUGACAAUAAUAAUAAUACUAUUAGCGGUCGAGUAGCCAAUUUACUCGUUUACAUAUUUGGAUCUGUGAAUGUUGACACUAUUCGAUUUAUAGUCUAUUGUUUAUUGUGGUAUGCUUCAUCGGCCAUCACGAAUAAUAGUGGGAAGCAAAUAUUGAAUCAAUUUCGUUAUCCGAUUACACUCACUUGGGUACAAUUCGGAUUUGUAUUAUCUUACUGUUACGUAUUUGCCAAUUGGAUGGGUUUAACGCAACUUAAGAGUCCCACAAAACUUAUUCUACUGGAAACGAUACCAUUAAGUUUAUUUCAAAUUCUUGGACAUGUCUUUUCCAGUUUUGCUACAAGUCAUGUACCUGUCAGUUUUGUUCAUACAAUUAAGGCAUUAUCGCCUCUCUUCACUGUUCUCCUUUAUCGCUUUGUAUUUCGAGUUAGAUAUUCAUCAUCCGUCUAUGUUUCAUUAUUCCCGUUAACAAUUGGAGUAAUGCUUGCCUGUUCAUCUCAUUCAACUUCGAAUUUUAUCGGAUUUUUAUUUGCGAUGGGGUCAACCUUAAUUUUUGUAGCGCAGAAUAUUUUCUCAAAAAAACUUUUAUUUAAUCAAGAUCAUGCUG